AUGGUUGAUACCCCGGACGUCUUGAUGCACGGACGAAGUCUGGUGAAGCACACGCAGCAGGUCAUCCAUAGAGAUGAGACCAUUCAGUCUUUCCAACAUGCUCUCGCAGCCCAAGGAAUUGACAGCAAGCAGUCAUUUGCCUUCAUCGGCUUUGAUGAGAACGGUAACAUCCGUAUCCAUGCCUCUGGCCAGGUAAAAGGCUUUCUUGACGAACAACAAAUGGAGUCUGGGUUCCAGGAGGCAUAUGAGAAGGCCGUUCACGAGUCGUUCAUUGUUCCAGAGCCAACUUCAGCAAUAUCCAUUGACGAGGAUCAAGGAUCUGACUAUGGGGAUGAUGAGUUUCCAACACUUCCUCGAACAUCCGGUGCCGCUCAGAGUAGAGUUUAUCGUGUACCUCGCCAGCGUGGGGAUCGUGAGCAGUCGAUGCUGCCUUGCAACGCCUCCAGGCAUGGCCUUGCUGAGCCUGUGCCAGAGUCACAGCUUGUACGCGAGGUCUCUCCUUCGGAACCGAACGAUGAAAUGAUCCCACGAAAGAAGGUAUCGAGAACUUUGCGGAUGGACGACACCGUCCAAGUGGUCGAUUUCUUGAGGACGAGACUCAAGCGGAUGCAACAGCUUGCCGUCAAGAAGAUCGCGAAGGCAUGGAUCAAAGGCAUUUGCCCCAAGAAGCAGGCCAAGUUCCCAUACCAAAACAGCAAGAAGUGUGACGAGGUAGAAGGCUUCAAGCCAAGGAUACCUGGCUGGUGGCCAAAGCAAGGCUGUCGGUUCACAGAGCCAGACCACAUCAAGCGAGAGGAGCGAAUGACCCUGUGUCUCCAUCUCCUACGCCUUCGACCAACACCUGCACAGCUCAAAGAGUGGAACGAAGACAAGUCCGAGCCCCAUCCAACCCAUCUCACAAAGGGCUGGACUGAGUUCUUGCAAGAGCUGGCCGGAGCCUCGGUUUUCGAUGACCUUCAGAAGGAGGACAAGAAGAAGACGGAGUUGAAAAAGGAGCUGUUGCGUCAUAUGUACGAAGUUGCUGAGCUGGAAGAGAAAUACUGCAAUGGCGAAGUUGAUCCUGACGCGAGCCACCACUGGCAAGAGGACGAAGAUGAGAGCAGGACAGUCCUCACCAAGAGACCUCGCCAAGAGCUUCUCGACUUCGCGAUCGACCAAGCCUCUCGCCAGUCCUCUGAAUCUGUCGACUGCAGGCGGGUGAAGAGGCCCCGACGGGACUCGACUCUGGACAGGGACUGCAAGGACCCCUCGAUUGCUCAGCCAUCCAACAUGAAUAUGCUUGAAACGCUGUCCAGUGAUGACGCCGCCCAUGAGGCGGAUUCGAGCGCAACCAUUGACGCAAAACCGCCGCUACACGCUCAUAAGACAACGACUUCAACGGAAGCUUACAGGCGCUCCAGUAAUGGCGACGAUGAAUUCUCUGGAGCGCCCUUGAAGCGGGACUCCAGCGCAGUUGGUCGAUGGCGUCAUUUUGAACCACCUGGAGGCAAUUGGGUUGAAAGUGCCGUCACGACACAUCCAUUUGGAACACCCGGCAAUCACUUCGCAAUGCCGAACAAUUUCCACGGAGACUCAUCCAGACAGUUCAAUUUCAACAACCACAGCGGAUAUACAUACCCUCAGCAACCGGAGCAACCACAAAUGGUCCAGGUCCAUCAAGUCAGCCAUGUUCCCGAGCCGCAAUUCCAAGCGAUCCAAAACGGUCCAAUGUACUCCCCGGAAGCAAUGAUGCCUGUGCCUGUUUGUAGCUUCAUUCCUCCUGAGUACAACGUAUCCGUGUCUUCUUCGCAGCCUUACCCGAACAGCAUGGCGCCAAGUCAGUACUUCAUGCCGGCUAAUGCAGAUUCGAUGAUGGGCGACUACCAUCCUCCGCCACCGCAGCCUCAAUACGACCAACACGGUCUGGCAGAGCGCCACAUUGCGCCCAUGCAAGUCCACGGAUUGCCCUUCACACAACCGUCAAGCUGGCAGGGCAGACCUUUCAACGGGCAUUGCCAGAAUUCGACCUGA